AUGCCCUCGGACGAGACGCUCUUGAUGUCGGCCUUUGCGGCCUCGAGGCCCUUGUCGAGCUGGCGCUUGACGAGGCCCGCCUUGUCGUUGCUGGAACUCCCACCCACACUCCCACCUCUGGCCCCCACUAUCCAGGUCGGCGACACGAUCCCGGACGCCCAGCUCGGCUACGUCCCUUACUCGCCCGAGCUCGAGGACCCGAUCGUUUGCGGCCUUCCGUCCAAGAUCAGCACCCACAAGGACUGGAAGAACAAGAAGGUCGUCAUCUUUGGCAUCCCCGGCUCGUUCACCAAGACUUGCUCGGAGAACCACCUCCCGCCGUACGUGACCGAGUACGACCAGUUCAAGUCCAAGGGCGUCGACAGCAUCUACUGCAUCGCGUCCAACGACCUCUUUGUCCAGUCGGCGUUUGGCCGCGUCCAGAAGACCGGCGACAAGGUCGUGUGCGUCGGCGACCCCGAGCUCAAGUUGCUCGAGCCGGCUGGCCUCACGCAGGACCUCUCGCACGUCGGGUUCGGCGUCCGCGCCAAGCGCUUUGCCCUCGUCGUCGACGACCUCAAGGUCACGUACGUCGGCAUCGAGGAGGGCCCGGGCGUGUCGAGCUCGGGAGCCGAGGCGGUCCUCGCCAAGCUCUGA